GUAACUGGACAUCCGAGGGAAAUGUAGCCUCUGACACAUUCUCAUCAUUGCCACCUUUAGUGAUAUGGACCAGCAAAAGGUUAGUAUUGUGUCCUCCACCGCCGAAUCCACCAUCUCAAGGUACGCCUUAUACAGCUCUUCACCACGCACACUCGAUUAGUGGGAAUCAAGUAGCGACCUCAGAAGCCCACUUUGGCUGUUAUGCACUUCAGCAUACCUCAUUCAGCUACUGUAAUACACCAUCAGCUAUGGGCAAUGUUCUGCCACAUCAUUCACCGCUGGACGUGACAUACCAGUUUAGGCACCCUCGACCUGAGUGCCAGAGGAUGGAAGAUACGAACUCUGGCGAGAUUUCUGCAACAGCUGUCGAAAAUCCAGGUUCGAAUGACCCAACACCGGUAAUGAACAUUGACCAAAGAUCUCAAAACAGCGAUAUCCAGACUUUUAACUACCCAAUCUCAGUUUCAGACCACUACACAGGCCACGGGCAUGGAGCGUAUGGUUCGGAAGAAGGCAAUUACUCAACCACGUCUUCCGAUGUGGACCAUCACAACAUCGGGCAUGUUAGAGUAUCUCCCCUAUUUCCUAGGGUUUCUGAGGAUGCCGAACAUGACGAACGUCAAACCCUCAACAAUCAGCAUACCUCGGAGUCGUGUUCUGAGGAACGCAGUGAACUUCAAGAUGGCUGUCCCCGAGAUCAUGCGUCGCUCGGCAAGGAAACCUGUGCGUCACUUGAUCGCCAGCAUGAUAUGCGUGAUCGUGCACAUUCACAAUCUGGACAAGAACUGCAUAAAUGUAAGCAUUGCGAUCAAUCAUUUUCUACUCAAUCCCGUCUAACAACUCAUGAACGUACACACCGAGAUGAGAAAUCUGUCAAGUGUGAAGUGUGCGAUAAAACUGUCAAUAGGCGAUUUGAUCUUGUCCGUCAUGGACGAGUUCACUCGGGAGAGAAACCAUUUCCGUGCCAGUACUGCGCUAAACCAUUCAGUGAUAAAUCCAAUCUUACUGUUCAUGAACGUAGGCAUACUAGGGAGAAGCCGUUUAAGUGUGAUUAUUGUGACCGAGGUUUUAUCGACAGGUCCACCCUUAGAGUUCAUUUACGUACACAUACUGGAGAGACGCCACUUCAGUGUAAAGUAUGUAGCAAGACAUUCCGACAAUCAUCACAUCUCACAAAGCAUCAACUUAUCCACACUGGCGAGAUGCCUUACAAGUGUAAAGAAUGUGGCAAGUCAUUCAGACAAACAUCAAAUCUGACAGUUCAUCAACGCAUCCACUCUGGAGAGAGACCUUACAAGUGUAACGUUUGUGACAAGGCGUUCACGACUACAUCACAACUUACAGUUCAUCAACGCAUCCAUAGUGGAGAGAAACCAUUCAAGUGUAAAAAAUGAGGAAAGUUUUUCACUCGGAAUAAAAUCUAACAGUAUAUGAAGGAAUCCAUCCCUGAGAGAAACCGAUCAGG